UACGGUCUCAGACCUGCCGAAGUAUUGAAAAAUUUGGAAAAAGGUUUGACUUACACCUUACAUCGUCCAAGAAGACGAGGAAGACUUCUUACACUGCCCGUAAUGGUCUUUGGUAAAGACGAACAACGAGCAGCCGAUAUGCUAGAAUUACAAUCUAUAACUCGAUACAAUGGAGGAGAUCCAUCUUCUGGUCGUCAUCGAUGUCUUCUCGAAAUUUGCAUGAGUUCAACCCAUCAAAUCUAAAACAGGUGUAGACGUCACAGAAGCCUUUGAAAGAAGACGCCUUUGAAACGCGCCGAAGGACGAACACUGCAAAAACUUCAAACGGACGUUGGUAAAUAGUUUUAAAAUAGCACUUUCCAGAAGUUGAUGAAAGUUAAGAUAUUCUACUCUUUCCAACAGAGGAGAUAACAAGCCAGCGUCGUAAAGAGAUUCAAUCGUACCUUGGAAGAAAGACUUUAUCGUUAUUUUACGCUAUACCAAAUCUAAUUAUGUUUUUAGGAUUUACACAUCUUGCAAGCUUUGGUAGAUGGGUGCAAUCAAUCGUAUCAUCUUAGUAGUGGAAUGAAACCUUCUCACAUCAAUAUCGAGAAUGCAAGUCAAGUGUGGGACACGGUGUAUGGAAAACGAAUCAGUCGAACUGAAAAGGAUCGUACAAGAGCUCGUUUUGAAGUCGGUGAUAAAGUCCGUUUAAAUGAAAAAGCCAGGACUUUCCAAAAAGAGUAUCUCCUAGGUUGGACGUAGGAAGUAUUUAUCGUAUCGCACGUGGUACCGGGACUCGUGAAUACCUACAGAGGCAAAGAAAUGGACGAUUCAUCGGGUCAAGGUACCUUUCACGAACAAGACAUUCAAAAAGGAGAAGUGCCCGAUGGUGCCAGAUUUUGCUUUGUAUUGGAGAAACUUGAUGCUAAAAGCUUCAAAUUCGCGAAACCCAUACAGGUUAUGCUAACUACUCUUAUUUUAAAGCGUUUCGAUUUGUUCCUCUUUUUCUGUCUCUGCCUCUAAAUUCAGUCACUUUGUCACAUUUUUCCAAUUUUCCCUCUCAAAUAUUCAACUUUCUACUCUUAUGACUCGAGAUUUUGGAGUGACACAAAUGGCUUUAACCUUCUUGGAGGGAAGACUGGGUUUGACUCGCAAUAGACCAAGUUUCCAACGUACUGAAACACCUCUUUCUUCAAGAUCUGUCUCGUUAUGAAGAUCAAUAAACAGCACAGGUUCAUUGUCAUUUGAAAGCAGGCCAGCUCCUAACGGACAACUCCGCAACACCGCACCGGUUCGUGACACGUGAAAGACGCUUUUAAAAGACCUUUAGCAAUUAGGACUGCAACACCAAAGAAGACGUCGACAUAAAAAUGAAUGCAUAUUUUUAGUUGAAAUUUCGCGAAUGACUAGAUGUGUUUAACAUCUCUUACGGCGCUGCAAUAUAACCUAAGCAUAACGUAUGAGAGCAGCGUUGAGUUCAUAAUGGAAUUUUGCUGUAGAGGUUUCCUUUCUCGGACCAAGCAAAUUUUGAUGAUCUCACAUUGUUAUUUUGCAGAGGAGGGCUAAGAAAUGUACACAGUUUUAAAACUCACAUGCUGAGCUAUUGCUGUGCUCAUCAGAUCUUUUGUUUUGUCACGUCCUCGUUGCUACCACCGUCGUAGUUUGCUAAAGUUCCCUAUUGGCUCGGAAGCAUCCUUACAGCAAAGUAGGAACUAAUAAGGGAUCACUGUUAUGCUGUCAGUCGCUUGUCAUCUGUGACUCCAGAAUUGGCUUUGGUACACAAACGCAUCAAAGUAAUGGGAUAUAUCUUGGUGCAGUGAUCAAGAAGACAACAAGCUUUCUUAGAAAAGGCCCUAAAGCCACAUUAAAUGUAAAUUAGAAAUUUGCAAAAGAAGGGUAGAGAGUCAGCAGAAAUUACAAACUAAGGCUACAAUAACAUAUCUAGUUUGCUUGGGAUUUUCUCCAAAAACACUUUUUUUUUAAAAAAAUCCAGUCUCUGUACUUUUUACCUUAUGCACAGAAUGGAACAGCUUUUGAACUUAUCGCGAUUAGCCUUGUGACUCAAUUUUUCACAAACCAAUUAAAUUUAAAAUCGAUGAUAGGCACCUGCAAAGCCGGCCACCUUAUGUCACUUCCCUAAAAUUAUUCAUUAUAUUUUACCUGAAGAAAGUACAAACUCAAAAACCAUUGCUUAGUACAGCAAUUUAUCUUCAACUUUUAGCUUAUUAGUUUAAUGAUCUCAAUCGUGAUGAACAUUACUCUAAGGUUGUUCUUGAUGCCAGUUUGUCAUAUGACCUGUAGUGCGAUAAUAAAAAUUUCUGAAAAAGUCAAAACGAGCUGCUAUAAAAUGCGUUUGGUGAUCUAGUUUUCAGGCGGAGGUCGAUUUUAGGCACAAUAAGGGCUUAAUAGUUUCGCAUUUUUCUACAAGCUAAAGCCUUGUGUAGCAGCACAGGCAUUUAAUUUCCGUAUAGUUUCUUGCUAAAAAAUACAAAAAUCGAACAUCACACUUGAACCGCUGUUGUGUAUAUAAGAUUAAUUAUUGAUUGACUCUUCGUGACUCUUAACUCUCCCAAGGGCUAAAGAUAUCAAAUUAAAACAGAGAACAAUGGUAUGACAUCCAGGUCUCAUUGGUUAAAGACAGUUCGGAAAUUUUAAAUGCAUUUUUUGCUUCAAUUUGCAUAUCUUUUGCAAAGCCGCUCUCAGGGGAUCUGCACCAUGAAGAAUUCGAUUUUCAUCCGUGUUCUGUUACUUUUGUGCCUUCACAUGGCUGAUUCUGUCCCUUCACAAGGUUAGCUUCACUAUAAUUGAACAUAUGUGGGAAGAGUGAGGGGAAACGAGCCCUUCUUUAACGUAGUUACCGUUAAACACCUGUCACUUGUUUAAAGAAGGUUUUGCUAUCAUAUCCGUAUAGAAAGUCCUGUAAAGAUGAUUUAACGCUUCUUAACUGCUUAACUAAGUAAAUUAUAUUUGGAUGGGUGGUGAGAAGGGAAGAUAAUUUGUUUGAGUGACUUUGUGAAUUUCCCUCGCAACGAAACUGCGAAAGGUUUUUGCGUGUUUUUUUAAGCGUUUGUGUUUUUUUCAUUUAAUUCCCCUUAAUCACGGAAUAUCAAAAAUUUAUCGUGCUUUGGUAAAUAUGUAGCUUUUUUUUGGUUGUAUUCCAAUAGGCUGAAUUGCGCUUUGACUGAGUAAAAUCGCUACUCUUUAUUUUGAGAGCAGAUCUUUCCAGAGAUCAUAUUUUAGCUAUUCAUAGGAGUUGUCUCAGUGAAAGUAGGUUAGACCAGAUGAAGACCACUGACAACACUGCUGCUAAAUUCUAGCAAACUAAUAAUCGAUGGAAUAAAAAAGACUCUCAAACAGGAACUGAAGAAUCGCUUUCAAGCACCGCGUGAAGGAAAACAUGAUCAUCGACUCUUAUAGUUCGAAUAUCACAAAUGAAUAGAUGAAUUAAAAAAGAGGCUACUUUUAUAUAUAAAGAGAUAAAGUGUCGAUUGUUAUUGAACUUCAUCUAUAAUCCUUUGCUGUCACCGUUAUUGCUACUAUUAUUAUUAUUAAUAUUAUUAUCAUUAUUAUUUGGUCUUUUAUCGUAUUGCUUGUUUUCUUAUAUCUGUAUAUUUGUUGUUGUUGUUAUUUUUUAAAUUUUAAAGACUUCUGUGAUGCAAACCAAUGCCGACAGUUAGAGUUUACGCCUGAAAAAGAGUUUGACGGCAAACGCCUCACAAACCACGUGAUUCGUAUCGUUGAGGUCAUGAAAAUGAAGUUUUGUGAGAACGUGUGUUAUAUGGAACCCGACUGUGUCAGCAUUAAUCUUGAUAAACGAGUGGGUCAACAAGGAGAUUACAAAUGUGAAUUGAAUAAUGUUACUCAUGAAGGACACGAACUCGAACUGGAGAAGGAAGAACACUUUUUUUAUCAUGCUGCUGAGGUAGGUUUUGUUUCAUCUGCAAAUACGUAGUUUGAGUAAAACAACUACUUUCAUUAUCAUAAACCUUGAAAUGAUUGCUUGAACUCGCUAUUAUCACCAUCAUUAUUGUAAUCGUCAUCAUUCGUUAUCAUAAUUGGUUUUUUUCUACAUAUCCAGUUGAGUGUUCUUGGUUCCCAGUACAUUCAAGCAAGAGAAGUGUAUCUAAAUAAAUUAAUGUACCAAAGUCCUGCAUUAAUAUUUCAAGGUAUUAUGUUUUUCUCCUUUCGGCCUCAGAGUGCUUGUGUUAAAAACCCUUGCAAAAAUAAUGGUACUUGUCAAAGCGGUUUUACCGACAAAGGAUAUCGCUGCUUGUGUACUGCCGGAUUCAGAGGUCAAAACUGUAAAAAAGGUAAACCUUACUGCAUUUUUAAAAACGAGUAAAACACGGCUGUAAGCUCGUGGAGCUUUAACCACAACUUCAAUUUAAUUAGGGCAAAACUUUAACAAACACCUCACAUUCCAUCACUCCAAAGUGAAUCAAGCGACAACAGCUGCAUUGCUGACUCGCCUCCAGUCCUCUUUUUUCUAACAUGCGAUCACGGAGUAGCAGGAAACAAGGAAUUGUCUUUCGCGAGACAGAGGGGCAUAUUGUUGCGCAUGUUCUGUAAACUUGUUUUGAUGCGAGAAACCACCGGUAUGCGCCUGCGUCGGUUUCCCGCUCAAGAAAAGCAGGAAGAUACGUCGGAAAACAACAAUGGAUAUUGUAUUUGAGACAACCUUUCUUAUCAUUUUUCCCUAUGUAACUUAAAUGGAAGCGGAAAAGUCUUAAAAUUGUUGUGUGGUGUGUGGAAGGAAGUUACUUUCAAAAAUGAAAGGUUGUACAAACGACUUCAAGUCUUGUCUUGUGAUUGUUUGGGCGUUCGAUGUAGAUGAUAUUAUUUGUGAAGGAUGCAAGAGGCCUGUCGAAGAGCACAAACAAAUUGGAUAGUAUACUUUUAUUGGGUCAUUGCUAUCUCAAGUUAUCGUUGAUCGUUUGAAGUACUCACUUUCCUGUGGGCGUUUUUUAGAGCUCCAACUGUACUGAUAGUGCAAUGUACUUCCAAUUCUAGCGAAAAAU